AUGCCGGAAGCUCUUGGACUUGCGGUAAAAUUGAUGAUGUUUGUCGAUGCCUCACAUGCUUCUAACCUUGUCACUUGCCAAUCUCGAACAGGAGUGCUAAUUUUUGUGAAUUGUGCUCCUAUCAUUUGGUAUUCCAAGAAACAGAACUCUGUUGAAACUAGCUCCUUUGGGAGUGAAUUCAUGGCUCUGAAUACUGGUCUGCGCUACAAGCUACGCAUGAUGAGAGUUCCCAUUGACGGGUACUGCCACACCUGCGUGGAUAACAAUUCAGUUGUCCUCAAUUCAAGUCGCCCUGAAUCUACUUUGAAGAAGAAGAGCAACAGUGUUGCUUAUAAUUAUGUUCAAUCUAAAUGUGCCACCGAUGUUAUUCGUAUCAUCUGGGAAGGUACCAAGACCAACGUCGCCGAUGUGUUGACCAAGAUUCAAUCUGGUACUGAACGUGCUUGA